UUGGUACAGGACCCAGAACAGGCUUCUGGGUGAGCAAAGCUCAGCGCUGGAGCAACAGAAAGAAAACAGAAGAUCCUCCACGAUACUGUAACACGAGCUGAAAACCGCCGUAAAAUAUGGAUUUUGAGUGUGGAAUGGCUUAAAGUGGCUUUUUUGCAGAACUUCUGACAUUCAAAGUGAUUUUUCUUCUCGUAAGUCAAAGUAGUACUAUGUUAUCUUUCAUCACAUCGCUUCUUCCGACUUCCUACCUCAUACCAGGGUGGCUGACUCUGGAUAUAAAUCCACUGGAAAGUUUACUUCAAGGGCUGGUGGCUGCAUGUGGGAUCUCUGUGCUGUGCUCCCUGUUGAGAGUGCACUUACUGGUGGAGGAGAGCUGGAAUGAAAAAAAUGCUGAAGGCACAUCAAAUCAGAAGACAUCUGGUCAUCAAAUAAGGACAAAACCCGGAUUUACUGGGCUGCUUCAGUUUCUCUGUGUAACUGGGGUAUUGUGUUUAGUGGGCUCCCGUGUGGCCUCACUGGUGGUACUAGAAUUUUGUCUUCGAGCUGUCUCUGGAUUGGUUACAGCUGGACCGGAGUCGGGGAAAUUUCUGCAGCAGCUGUUAAUUCAAAGCCAGUUCUCUCUGGGCUGCGCCCUAACCUGCAGUUUGCACUUUCUACACGAGGGGGCAUCCCAGCGCUGGCUAUGCUUGCUCCUGGCAGCAGCACUCAGCUGGUUUCUGGCUAGGCAGGCCACAAACCUGCUGCACCAUGUCACGGCUCUGUAUAACCUCCACAGCUCACAGCGCUACUGCGGCAUUUGCAUCAGUCUCCUCACAUCAGGCAGCUGUCUGCUGCCCAUGCUGUGCAGGACUAUCAUCAUUACCUUCUCUGUGGCUGUGCUGGCUGCUGUUUCAAUCAUCAACCAACAUUUCCUCUCUGCAACAGAAGCCCUUAGGUUUUGGACACCACUUACUAUCUGCUACACACUGUUGGUGGUGUACAUGCAGGAAGAGCAACACCGUCUGCCUAGCAGCCAGGCUGUCCUUAACACAGUGGUGGUGCGUCUCGGGGGUUUGAUGGUCCUGAUGCUGACUGUGGGACGCUGGGCCGACGUGUUCCACAUCCUAAUAUGUUUCCUCGGAGAGGCUAGCUGUCUAAUCCCCUCUAAGGAUCUGCUGGAUGCAGCAUCCUCACAGGAUGAAGAGGAUUAUGCAGACUACAGAAAGAGGGAGCGUCGACAAAAACCACGAGCCUACGAGAAGGAGCAUCACAGAUAGCCACUCAGGGAUUUUAAAGUCUGCAUUUCUUUUUAAUGGCACCAUUUAGUGGAAAUCAUUU